ACCAAACCGACAUUACAAUCUGCAACCUCAAGAUGGUUUACAUGCAAUCUCACGAGCGCACAUCCACGAAAACAGGACGCACGAGCCGCGCCGUGCUCCCUCUGUGUGACCGUCGCAGUCGAGUCAAAUUAAGCCCAAAUUACGUGGACAGUGAAGCCUACACAACGUGCUACACAUAGUGGAGAUUGUCUGCGUGUAAUCCGUGUGCGCACAGUCUACAGCCGCAAAUCAAAAGCCCCAUGUCUUACCGCAUCCGUCCGCGCGCCCAGCCUGUGCUUAUCCAUUUUUCGCCAGGGAGGCGAAACGAGGCAGCGCGAGAGUGGUUUCCCAAUGACGACAUCGGACAUGUGCACGAGUGAGCGUGCCGGUUGUAGUGAGCGUGUGCAUGGAGCCAAAGUGCCGGCAGCUGAACCAGUCAGUGUGGAUGGAGUCGCACAGCAGCCAUGGACAUCUCUGCUCUGCCCAACAAUAACCACCCGGAGAAGUUCCUCCAGCUGGACGUGGGGAUGCUGCCGGUCACCCACGGGAUGUUCCAGGUCGGAGCUGUCAUGUCCAGUCACAAACACUGGCACAACAGGGUCUACUUCCAGAGGGAACAGAGGAUCAGAGCUGACACCAGGUCACCUCCGUCUCCAGAGGGUUCUCCUGUGGUGUUCGUGGACAGAUAUCUGGAGAAGCACAUCACUCCUGUCACUUUUAAGUCCAACAUUAAGACCAACCCUCUGUACAUGGACAUUAGAGCGAUGGACGCCGUGGACAACGAGAAAUUCAAACCAUCGUGGACUGUACAGGAGUACGACACGCAAACCAUCCACGGGAACCUCGCUGACUAUUUAAAGGAGGGGGAGAAGACUCCAAAAGACUUGGACUUCUGGCUGGAGGACCUCUACACACCUGGAUUUGACUCUUUACUGAGGAAGAAAGAAGCAGAAGAGAGAAGGAAAAGACUUUGUAAAAUAUUCUCUUUGGCUGUUUUGUCCAUUUGUGUAAUACUUAUUGUGAUCAUAGUGCCAGUUGUGGUUCUAAAAAAGAAAAACUGACAUUGAAAAUUAGCACAUAGUGAAGCAGUGGUUAUAUACAUAUAAUUCUGUUCUUAUUUACAAUGACAGAGAAAUGGAGGUAGAACUAACUGUCAUAUUGCACUUUAGAUUCUGUUAGUUGUUCACGUGUUUGUGGUGGAACAGGUCAGUGUCCUGUCUGUGGUUAAACAGGUCAUGGUGAGUCCUCUGUUAGGAUGACUCAGCCUUUGGAGCAUGAAAUACUGCACAGACAGUUGAACCGAUGCACAACGCAUGACUUUAAUCCUCUCCUCUUGCACAGGAUGAAGAAAAUCAGGUAGUUGAGGACAAUUUAGAUCUUAAAGGACUUCAGAUUUCAGUCCCAGUGAUAUUUGGACUGAAUAAAACAUGGACAUGGCAUCUAGGAGGUCAUAAGGAGAUUUCAGAGGGGAUGCUUUAAACCCAUGGUUCUCAACGUGAGGUCUGCUGGCCCCUCAAGGGCCACGCCACAGAGCCCACUGGCCGGGCUCUGUACUGGUUCUGGUUCCUGAACCGGCCACCGCAUUCCACUGAUAAAAAAAAAGUUUUUUGACCAGAAAGUCAGUUCUUAGCUAGAACCUAAAAAAGGUGGUUCUUCCUCGUGAACUGUGACAUCAUCAGUGGGUGUGUCCUAUUCUAGUUUGUGAAGUCAGGCAGGAAGGUCAGGUUUAUUUCUAUACAUAGGGCAUUUAAAGCAAAGCAAGCUGUUCACAGUGUUGUACAAAGACAUAAAAAGUAAUA